AUGACAUCAUUAAAAAAUUAUUUUGUCAAUUUAAAUAUAUUUCAAUCAUCUAAUGACUUAACAACAGAUGAAGAAAAAGAACAUGUACGUCGGUCAAAUAUUAUUUCAACUCGAAUCUUUUUUAUUGUUUUUUUCAUCGUUCUAUUUGGACUGACUAUUAUUAUGAAAACAAGAAACCGAAAUAUACUUAUAACAGUUGAAAAUCCAAGUGAAGAUCAAUUCAAAAAUUUACCAUCUGAUGGUCAUUGUCCAUGUUCUCAUAUAUCAUUAUCAUAUGGUGAGUUUAUUUCAAUUCAAACUCGAUUUCAUCAGAUAUGUUCAAGUGAUUUUGUAUCUGAUCGAUGGAUUAAAACAAUUAAUUUUGGUUUAAAUACAACUUAUUUUUCCGCUUACGACUUUCGAACAGAAGGAAGUGCAAUGUUUCAAUCACUUGAAAGUUUUUGUAGACUUUCAAAAGGUUAUGCUAUUCAAAGUAUUGAUUCAUUUAAUAAAGAUUUAUUUAUAAGUCAAGAAGUUUUAACAGAAUCUGUAUUUCAAUCACAGAUAAAUGCCAUUAUUCAACAGUUUGAAUUAUCAUCACCUAUUGAAUUCUCAACACAAGUAGCAUUAAUAAGAAAAAUGAUAGCCGGAAACCGUUUUCUAUCUGCUCUUCAGACUAAUUAUAUGCAAUAUUAUGCAACUCUGUAUAUCGAUUUUGUUCAAAUUACGGUACAUAAUCGAAUUCUCAGCAAUCAAGCGGAUUCAUUAUUCUGUUCUUGUCGGAUCGAUGUUGAUUGUUACAUGCCAUCAAUGAUAUUUAAUGAAUUCAGACCUAAUAUUGAGUAUUCUCCGCCUUAUUAUAAUAUAUUAAUGGAAAUUCCUGGAAUGGUGCAUGGCUGUUUACCAGUAAAUACAAUUCUUCUCUCAACAUUAGAAUGCUUUUACAAUCAAACAUGUUUAAAUGAUAUUGUUUCAUUCUUACCUACGAAUGAAACUUUCACAGCAAUGUCACAAUUCGAACAAAGUCGUUAUAAGUUAAAUUCAACAAUACAAACUAUUAUUGAUAAUUUAAUGAUUGAAGAAUGGGUGACCGAUAUUUCUUAUAAAAAAUAUUAUAAACGAUGUGCUCCAAUUUCAUGUACUUAUUUUAAGAAUGAAAAAUAUGAUUGGAAAUUUGUACUGAUGCAAUUAAUUGGUUUAUUAGGAAGUGUAACAACGAUAUGUAGUUUUAUUAUAGAAAAUAUAGUUAAAUUCAUUCGACGACAACCAUCUCAAAAUAUAGAAUCAAUACCUUGUAAGUUUAGUUGUUUGUUUUGUUAA